CGAUUCUGAUGUGGUGCGGAAAAUGCUGAGAAUUGCACACCUCAGUAGUUGGGCGACCACAACCAUUGGAAAGGGCGACCAGCUGUGGGAGGGGCAGAGACACAUACUACUGCGGGGGAAUCUCCCCAUUGUGGGAGGGGCAGAGACACAAACUACUGCGGGGGAAUCUCCCCAUUGUGGGAGGGGCACAGACACAAACUACUGCGGGGGGAAUCUCCCCAUUGUGGGAGGGGCAGAGACACAAACUACUGCAGGGAAUCUCCCCAUUGUGGGAGGGGCAGAGACACAAACUACUGCAGGGAAUCUCCCCAUUGUGGGAGGGGCAGAGACACAAACUACUGCAGGGAAAUCUCCCCAUUGUGGGAGGGGCAGAGACACAAACUACUGCAGGGAAAUCUCCCCAUUGUGGAGGGGCAGAGACACAAACUACUGCAGGGAAAUUUCCCCAUUGUGGGAGGGGCAGAGACACAAACUACUGCAGGGAAAUCUC